UUUCAAGUUACAAACUAGUUUUCCCUGAGUCACCGAACGAAUAGUAUGUCCGCGUCACGCGAUCGCUUCUAUCAAACCAAUCAGUUUGCAAUCGUUUCGUAUCCGACACGUGUGACGUGUGAAGUGCUCUACUGUUGAUUCUGCACAUUUUACUGUUGACAGAUUUGGAUUUUGUGUUGGUGGGGGGGAGUGAUCGGAACACUCGUUUGUGUUUGAUCUCGAUGAAUCUAUUUAAAACGUAUACGCGCAGGCCGCGUCUUAAUCCGCAUCCUAGUGAUUUAGAAAGACCUUUUAAUUAUAUGUAAAGUGGAAUAUGGGAAUCUGCUUAGACACAGAACAAAGUGAUGGUUCCCAAACAUUUGAAGAAGGACGAGAAACUUGGGCUAAUAAUUCGCCCAGAGCAACUGCAAACGUUACCACACCUCCAGCAGGAAAAUUUCCCAUGCAUAACGGAUCUAAUAUACAUUUCGAAUCACCAAAAGUGCCGGUUAUUUUCAUACUUGGUGGUCCUGGGAGCGGUAAGGUAACCCAUUGCGACAGCUUGAUGCAAGAAAAGAAAGGAGUUACUCAUAUCAACAUGACUGACUUGUUACAACAGUAUGCCAUUGGAAAUGAUAUGCCAGAUUUUGGCCUUCUUUCCAGCAAAACUGUAACAGAAGUUCUCAUGUUAGAGAUGAAAAUGGCUCCCAAUGCCAAGACUUAUCUUGUGUCAGGGUAUCCAAGAAAUAUGCGUGAUGUUGUUGAAUAUUCAGAAAAGAUUCAAAGUGUCCAAGGCGUUAUACUGAUAUCGUGGAGGCAAAAAGUGUUAGAAAGACAAAUAGACUAUGGUGCCAAAUUAGGUCAAGUUGUUUUAUCCUUAGCUCGUAUGGAAUUAAAUAAUUUUUACAAGAAUGUCAUACCUGUGGCCGAAUAUUUUGAUCAAAGUAAUAUGUUAAUAUCGAUUAAUGGCGAACGGGUACCCUCCGACGUUUAUCAAGAUUUCAAAGCAGCUGUCAUCCGAAUUCUAGGCAUGCAAGACAAUCCACCGGUGUUUUUAAAUGGAAAGGUAGCUCCAGUGCCGGAUAAUGUUGUUACCACUGAACUUCCACAAGUGUCUAUGCCAUCUACUACCCAAAUACCACCUGUACCCCGCUCUCAGCAACUCCAGCAAUCACCAGAUCGUCCGCAAACCCGAGUCAUAUCCGUUAAUCCAAGCACGCCCAAUUUUAGAUCCCCUACAAAGGCUUAUCCACCAGUCUUAUGGGUAAUCGGCGGGCCGGGUAGUAACAAGGCUGCUCUCAGCGCGAGCGUUGCCACAGAAAUAGGCUGGGAGCACGUCAGUCUUGGAAAAAUUUUGAGAAGCAUCGCCGACCAACCAGAUGCUAAGAAAAAUAAGGAGGUGGCGAAGUUGAGGGACUGCAUCAGUAACGGUGAAUUGGUGCCGGAAGAUAUUAUUGUGAAAUACGUUGAGAAAAUUAUGGUGGAUAAUAUGGAGAAAGAAGGUCUGAUUCUUGAUGGUUAUCCAAGGGAUAUGGAGCAAGUUACUGAAUUUGAAUUGAGGUUUAAACAGAAGCCAGCUAUAAUACUCCUUGACUGCUCUAAAUUGCAACUAGGAAGAGGCCGAUUGGACGAUAGUGUAACGGCUUUUAGAAGAAGAUUAGAAAUUUUCAGACAGUCAUCAUUACCAAUGUUACGAGCCAUGGAUAGCAUAGGAAGGCUGACAAUAGUCGAUGGAGAUACCGAUACAACACCAGUUCAGCAAGACUUCAAAAACGUAGUCAAAGAACAUAUCGAUUAUUUAAAAUCCCAAUCGCAGGAACACGAGAUGGUUACACAAAACGGUCACAUACCAAAUGGUCACGCUAUUUCGAAUGGCCACGUACCGCAGGACACCCAGUUACUUGAUCUAGAAGAUGAGGAGCCCUUAGAGACUAUAAGUAAAAGAGUUAGUAACGGAAUUAAUGGAGUUAACGGAGUGAAUCAUAUGGCAAAUGGCCAUGUUAAGAACAUUGCGAAUGGUGUAGUUAGGAACGGGUUGCCUAAUUAUAGUCAAGUGGCCGAGAUCGAAGGACACAUGUAAUUAAAAUGUGGCUUAGUUUAAAUUAUAUAAAUUUCACAAAUUAAGAAAUUAACGUACGUAUUUAAGUAUUAGUAACGUUUCUCUAGCGAAAUUAUUAAAAUUUUGGUAGUUGACUUUUGAUCUAAGUUUCAUAGCUUUUAUAAAUGCUAUGGAAGUGAUAAAGUUGAAACUAGUAUCCAGAGUUAGCAGCCUCUGUUAGAAAAUGGACAUUAGGUACUUGAAUUGCUUUAUUUUGUCAUAUCUAACUAAUGUCCAUUUUCUAACAGGCUGCUAACUCUAGCUGUUAGUUCCUCUAGCUUAACACAGAAGUGGUUUAUAUUCUUUCUAGCAAUUAUUAAUUACCUAGAAUAAAUAGUUAAAUUCAUACCACUAUUGUUGCUCUUUGUUAAUAAUAUGCUUUGAUGAUUCAUUGUUAUGUAGUUUUACCUAAAAUUCAUCUGAUAUGAAACCAAAAUGAUAAAAUAUUUGAAGGAUAACUCUAGAGAAACGUUACUCAUCAAAAUUAUAAUUUACAUUUCUAACUAAAACAGUUUACUUUCAAAAAAUAAAAAAUACUUUAUUAUGUAUAAUUUUCUAGCAGUUUUAGCAAGAAAGAAUUGUCAGUAUUUAAAUAGUAAGUAAAAUGCAACUAAAGAAAAAACGAAUUAAGAAGCAUGAUACAAGUAAUUUUAUAUUAUUUUUUGUACUAUCUUUAUUUGCAAAUAAACUAAAAACUAAACGAUUGAUUAUAUGUCCAGUUUAUCAGCAUCUAUUUAAGACAAAUUUACCAUUAUUUAUUAAAGAAAAUUACUUUGUUUUAUGAAAGAUGUUGAAAUUCUAAGCUAUAAAUUAUAAUGAGUAUUUUUCUAAAUGCUCAUUAAGAGUUUGUAUAUCCUGCUUAGUUCAUGUUUUCUUUGUAAAUAUUUGAAGAUAACACCUACCUACUCAAACAAGAGAAAAAGUAAUGUGAUAGAUGAAUAAUUGUUUUGUAAUUAUUUAAAAAUAUAUACAUAGAUAAGUACGUACCUACUUAAGUAUUUAAUGGUGAGAAGAAGUGCCUUAGGUUUGUCAUGUUGGUAAAAAUAUUAAAUUUUCUGAAUUAUAAUGUUUAUAUAGUAUAUAAAAUAUAAUGAGAACAUUUCAAUGAAACGCAGUUUUAAGUUGCUUGGCGUACUCUUAACACAUCUAAAGUUUUCCGUUUAAUAGAGGAGAAUCGCCUAAUAUUGGAUACUUUUUUAACUGUUGAAUUAUAUCAAAAAACAUCCUUACAUUUGCGCUAGUUUAAUGAAGUUAUAGCAUAACUAAGUAUAUAUUAUCAGUUAAGAUGGUCGGCAAAAGAAUAAAAAAUUAUUUCAGGAAGUAAUUAAAUAUUUUUGAAAAAUUGCUGAUUUUGUCAAUUUAGAAAAUAGAAGCCUAAUAUUUGAUAGGGUAUCCAAUAUUAGGAAACCAUUUUUUAUUCAAAAACUAUUGAUAAUUUCAAAACUGUAUUGAGGAAAAUACAAAACAAAUAAAAAAUUCCACUUUACAGCUUUAACAGGGCAAAUCAUCCAUCCAUACAAAAGUCACAGAUGUAAUUGUUUUUGCCUUCAGCAUCAGCACAUGCUUCAUGGAACCAUCUGUAACACUUGCAACACUUUAUCCAUUUUUCUCCUACUUUAUCUGAAGGAAAUGAUUCCAAGCAGAAGGGACAAUCCGCAUUUUCUUCUUCUGGAUCCAUAUCAUCUUCCGAAUCCGCAUUUUGGACUUUCUCUUAUGAUUCUGAGGAAUGCGAGGAAACAACAACUUUUUACUUUUUCUUUUGAGAAAUGUAAUUUUUCUUAAUUUUUUCAGAUGAUUUUGAUUGAAAUUUUAAAUUCUCAAACUUUUUCGUUGUUUUUAGACUUUGUGAUUCCUCAAGAGCUGUUUUGUAGGGCGAACCUGUAACUAAGGCGGCGGCACCAGAGUUUUUCCGUUUUACUCCUGAAGGACCAGGUAUUACUGGCAAUGGAUGUAUGUCAGCUGGUUUUACAAAAUUAAUUUGCUUUUAUUUAUUAGUAAUAGGAACCGAAGGUUCUAUAUUUGGUUUAUUACAAAUAAUAUUUUGUAAAACAAUUAUUUUUGGUUCAGAUUUUUGAGCAAUUGGUUCAGAUUUGGUCAUUUCUUUCUUUAAUAUCAUUUGGGGGUCCAUUUUCUGGGUUAAUAUUUUCAGUUUCAAUUUGUCAUGAAUGGAAAAACAUGGUCCCGGAAAAUAUUCCUAUUAAAAGGCAUAAUGCCACAUUUUCUAAAUCCGUUUAUGGAAAUUUCCAUCGAUGCAGUUCUUGAAUAUGCUUUUCCUUGACAAUAAUACGUUUUAAAAGGUCCCAUAAAUGCCACAUCCAAUGGUUGAACCUUGUGAUUUUUCCGAGCCUUGUUAAUUACAUCCAAAUUUCACGUGUAUGUAUAGUGCUUAUCCAUUAUUAAAAUAACAAGAUCAUCGUGGGAUGGCUUGGCAUGCGUAAUAAAAUGAUCCAUCCAUUGCGUAAAUCAAUAUGACUGAAUCCAACCAGAAGGAUGACAUUUUCCAAUUGAUCCUGGAGGCGCUCCAUUCAUAUGCUCUACUUUAAAAUUUUUCCGUGGAAAAAUCAUCAUUGGGGGUAUAAAAUGUCCAUUAGCAUUCAUGCAGAAAACAACAGUGACCAGCGCACCUCGUUCUGUUGUUGUCAAUGCUCCUACUUGUUUUCUUUUACGCUAAUUACUUUAGUAUGCUUGUGUUGGACUGCAGUUAUUCUCGUUUCGUUAACAUUAUACAUUUUACUUGGAUUAAACUUAAUUUUGUCCAAUUGUGGUUACAAAAUAUCAUAAAUUUAAUCAGAUUUUCUUUAGUAAAUCCUUUGAUUCUAGCUGCGGAUACACAUUGAGGAGUUCUAGAAGAAAUAUUUUUGUUUCGUCUCAAAAAAUUCCUUAGCCAUUUUUUCCCAGCGUUAACUCUUGUUUUUGAAAAUGGAUGGGCAAAUUAUUAGCUAGAGCCAUAGAACCUUUCCUCUAAUUCCAGAUAAUGUAUUGCCAACUCUUUUUCCAAUACUUCAGGUAGCACUGGCUUACGACCAAGAGUCGAUUUUUCUAAAUUUUCUAGGGGAUUUUUAAAUUUACAGUAAUACUCCAAUGUAGAUUUCGGAACAUUGUACGACUUGGCACCUUUCAAAUAUCCCAUCUCUGUAUUUAUUACUGUUUGAAUAGCACUAGUCAUAUUUUCUUUAUUCCAUUGCUUUCUUUUCUUAGUAGCCAUUUCUGUAAAUAAUAUAUUAUUGCAGUUGACCUCAAAGCAUUGCCUGAUAUUGGAUAUCCAAUAUUGGGAACCUGUAGCUAUCCAAUAUUAGGCACAUCAUAAAAUUUUUAGGUUAUAAUUAUUUUAGACAAAAAAAUAAGAUUUUAUUAAUAAAAACUCUUGUUAAAUUUUACUCUAUAACAUGCAUUAGCCAUCCCAUUUGUAAAUAUUUCAAAUGUUUACCUUUUAAUUGAUAAUUCAGCACUUAAUAUAGGAAGCAAAUAAUUUUCAGACACACACAUUUCCUUUUAAUGUCUUUUAUAUCAACAUAGUCUAUUAUAGAACCCUGCAAACUUAUUGGAGGGGUUUUAAGGUGUAACGCAGCUCCUGGUUAAUAGAUGGAAGAACAUAUAUACAGUUUCAUUUUUAAAAUAAAGUCUGUUGAUCACUGGAAAUUUUUUAAAGAAUGCAAGGCACUUUCGACUUAAUAAGGUCAUUUUCAGGCACAAAAGUAUCUGAAAUAAUCUAAAAUAAUUGAAAAUUUACGUCUCAUCACUAGAAGAAAUAUAUUUGACUUGGUUAAUAAAUUAUUUAAAAAUUAUGUGGUAAAAAGUAAACUACAUCAAUACUUUUUUGUUUGGUAUUUAAACUUGUUAAAAAACAAUUUUUUAUAUUUUAAUUUUUUAAAUAAUUUAUUAACGGUCUACAGAAUGAGGCGCUACCAGUGGUCUUUUCUGUAUAAAAAAAAAGGACAGGAUUAUUUUUAAUAUAUCCUAAAAUUAGGGGUUACAAAGCAACAACUGUGUUCGUCUCAUAUUCAUUAUUAAUUCAGAAUUUUAAUAUUUUUAUUACACUAUCGGGAAAAUGGGUCCAACAGUAUUUUAAUUAUAGUAAAAAAAGUAUUGUUAGAUUAAAUAAUUAAAAAUAACUAUUAUUAAGCCGCUGGCCGGCAUUUAUAUAUUACCAUUUGUAUGUUUUUAUAUGAGAUGUAAAACACAAAUUGAACUAACUCACUAAUUACAUAGAUUAAUUAUUGCAAAAAUGAAUUUGAUGUUUGAAUUUGAGAGCAUUCAUAGAAUUUUCACACUAGUCCCUAUUUUUAAUAGGGGAAUAAUUGUAUUAAAAUGAUGCCAAAUUUAGUAAAUACCCUUAUAAUCCAAAAAAUAUUAAUUCGCAUAAAGCUGAAUCUUUGUUUAAUUGUUUAUAUCAACAAUAUAAAAUAAAUAUCCCCAUCGGUCCCGCAUAUCCAACAAGUAUUAGAAAUUAAAAAUUUAAAAAACCGACUUCAAAAACGUGUAGAUGUCAUCACCACAUCUUAACCAAAUUUAUAAGGUACCCCCUUACUAACAAAAAAAGAAUCAUAUAAAUCGGACAAGAUGGUAAAGCAUAAUCGCUAAACAUACAUAAAAAUAAACAGAGGAUUUUCUCAUGGACCCAAUUAUUAAAUUUUGACCAAAUUUAUAAGAGACCACCCCUGAAGCACCCUCUUUCUAACAAAAAAAAGAAUCAUUGAAAUCGGACACCGUGUUAAAGAAUUAUCGCUGAACAUACAUAAAAAAAAAUAUUGUGGCGAAUUGAGAACCUCUUCCUUUUUUGAAGUCGGUUAAAAACAGUUAUUCAAGGUCAAAGUUAGCAAAAAUAGAUUUUUGCAUUUUUCAGCAAAACUAAGUUUUAUUAUAAAAAUACAUGCAAUUAUUCACAAAAAAAUUGUUCUUUUUCCUAAGAGUCGCCGUUUUUGAGAUAUAGCAAUUCAAAAGUUGAAGAAGCUGCAUUCUUUAUAAUAUAUAUGAGCACAGGCUUCCUAUGACAAAAGUUGCGCAGUUUUGUAUUCAUUAAAAUGGUGCUAAGAAAUCUGUGAUACCUACAGGAAGAUUCAAAAUACCGGACAUAAAAUUAAUGAAUUAAAAGAAAUGACAAUUGUAAUUUGUUGUCCGAUAUUUUAAUUCUCCCUGUAGAUAUCAAAUGUUUCUUGGUCAUUUUAAUUGCACAAAACUCAACAACUUUUUUCAAUUUUAAGCUCCAGAAGGAGUGCUUGCAGCAGCAACGCUAAGCUCAAUCGGUGGGCAAAAUUUUACUUUCUAUCUAUUACCGUUUAAGAAAUAACAAUACUGUCCUUAUGAAAUAGUAGCGACCCUGUAUACAUUACUAGACACAAUACAAUAAAAGAGAUUGGACUUAUAUCUACACAUAACGUGUGUCUUUUUUCCAUCAAUUUGUUGGAUUCGCUGUUUCAUCGAUGCUAUCUUGAACGCCUUGUGUUGAAUUCGUUUUAUUUGUGGUUAAUCAUUGAAAGAAAGGACAGUUGUUGACAGUUUGGAUUUAAAUUUCGUUUAUAAUUUUAUUUAAAUGUACCUAUGUACCUUAAUUUGAAAGUAUAUAUAAACGACUAUUUUUUCGGUUGACACCUCAGCUCCCGCGAUACAGCUGUCAGUUGUCACAUUUAGUCGGAAAAACCAUCAAUUGAAACCGAUUGAUUGGUGUUGCAACGAGCCGAAAAUCGAAAGCUUAAGAUCGAAUUUCUUAUGCUCAUAUGUCGUUGACAUAUCGCCGACAAGCUACUACAAGCCAUUUUAGUGCUUAUUAUGGUUCCACUGACAAAGUGAUUUUUAAGUGCUUUUUUUCGUUUUGUUUACCUAAAUUAUAUCGUUUUUUCACUUUAAUUAAUAUAUUCCUAAAUAUAACAUGCAUCAAAUCGUUUAGUUACCAAUUACAUACCUUUAAACUAUUUUGAUGACCUGCAAAUAAUAGUUAUAAAAAAACUUAAAAACAAUGAAAACGUAUAUGUCAAAUUUAUUGAUGUUUCACUUAAAAGUUUGGUUAGAAUUAAAUGUCAGUUGAACCAAAAUGACAUCACACUAAACUGGCGUAUUUGUCUUCAACGAUUCUUUAUAGUAAAAAGUAGUGAAAACACAUGUUUAUUAUUAUUUUCUAAACAAAUUUAUGCCAUUUUUCGUUAAAUAAAAAAAAAAUUGGCAAUGUUGCUUUAUUUCUAAUAAACCUUUGUCUGAAAGUGAAAUUGUUACUGUUGAUCGUGGCAUGAAGACGUUGAUGGAUGCAACUAAUACCUGUAAGAACAAAAAUGUGUGACAAUUUACCUGCAAUAUCGUAAAAAGUACACUCUAAAGAGUACUUUUGCUGCAGUUAAGAGGCAACACGAAAAAAAAACAAGCUGGUACACCUAAAGUAAGUCCUCCUCGUACUAGAGCACGAAAAUGAUGAUGAAAUAUCUAGAGCACUACUGGAUCAGUUUAAUCAAAGACUAAAAGAAGUUGAACAACGAGGACCUACCGCAAAACUGUGAAUACAAUAUUUUAGAAUGGUGUCAAUUGCAAAGUUCAUAAGAGCAGAACUUAUGGGAGAUCGUUAAGCUCAUUUUAACAGAGUAAAAGAAAUUGUUCCUUAUUUACACGCAUCAAAACAUUUUCCUUAUGCUAACACUUAUAAUGUUAUAAUUAGAGAACUUUAUGAAGUUUACCGAAAAUUUACUGUUAGGCGUUCAGAUAAAUUAUGUUGCCCGAGGAAAAAGUACGAAAGAGAGUGUCAUAAGUAAACGGGUUUAUAGCAUGAUGCAUACAAUGAAUAGUAUGUGUAAAGGACUGGCGAUUUUGCUGUUAUAAUGGAUACAAUAGACCACCAUGCUGACGCGAGUGAUUCAUGAGUAAAGAAAAAUGCCAAAGACAUGUAAAAACUUCUAAGAGUAGUUUUCAUCACAUGGUCCUUUUCCGGAGAUAAACAAAAUUGUAUAUAUUGCUAAUUACUCUUUGGUGAUGACAAAAUUAACUGUCAUGAAGCUCGUGAAGUUGGGCUUGCUUCCAUGACUAAAAUGACAGGACUGAUAUUUAAUACCAUUAAAUUAAAACGCGCUGAUCAAGUUAUUCCUCUUUUAACUAUAAGUAGCACCAUCAAAGUCCACGAUGAGAAAGUACCAGCUGACCCUGUUUUAUUAUUUCAACACAUGAGAGUAUUACAACGGCAUUCGAAGAUGAAAUUAAAAAUAUUUGGAAUAUGAGCUCCCUACCUGUUAUCAUUGCUCGAUGAUAUUGGAAUGCGUAACACACAAAAGUCAGCCAUUUCUGAUUGUUUUCAAAUACUAUACAUUGAUAUUGACAAUACAAGUGCUACGUACAUCAUCGAUGGAGAAUACCUAUUGCGCCGCAUUGUGUGGGACGCGAGGAAACAUUUAACGCUGUUGUAGGUAAAUAUGUUCAGUAUGUGCAUAGACAUUUUGGCGAAAGAGUAACUGUUGUAUUUGAUGAUUAUACUGAUUAUAAAAACAAUAUUAAACCGUUCCCACAAAGCAACAUCGAUUUCUUACAAACACUCACAACAAGUCACGGCUCAUAUCAAUGUUAAAAGAAUUUCACCACUGAAAAUAUUUUAGUCAAGCAAGCUAAUAAUGACGCUGAUGUUCUAAUAGUUGAAACAGCAAUAAAACAAGUAAACCAGACAACUGCAACUAUUGUAGUUAGUGAAGAUAUUAAUUUAUUAAUUUUACUUACUGCCAGAACUCCAACCGGCCAAAUUAUCUAUUUUCUAAAACCUGGGAAUGCUAAAAAAAAGGUAAAUAUAUUCAUUAAAAAGUUUUUCUAAAUGUAAAAGCACAUAUUAUUUUUACACGCAGUAACUGGCAGCGAUACAUCAGCAAUUUUCAGUAGGGGCAAAAUCAACAGUUUUGAAAAUGUUUGAAAAGAAGGAUGUAGUUGAUGGUGCUCCAAUUUUUAAAGAGAGUAACUCUACCUAACAAUCUGUAAUCAACAACGGACUUCGCUUCCUUCUACCUGUAUGUGAAGCUUCAAAAAAAUAACCUGCUUAGAUAAGUUCCGAUACUUAUUUUUUGUAAAAAAUAGGUACUCAUAACAAUAAACGAGUGCAAUUAGCUACUCUUCCCCCAGCUUCUGCUUCUGCUCAGCAACAUCUAUGUCGGGUACAUUAUGAAGUUUAAGUGUGGCUUAAUAAUCAACUGAAGCCAGAAGACUGGAGCUGGAAAUUAAUUGAAUAUUUAGAACCAAUACACACUUUACUUCCACCUGCACCGGAAAAACUCCUAAAUACAUUUAUUUGAAAUUGUAAAAAGGAUGUAUUACGAAAUGCGGAUGCAAAUAAGUUUGAUUAUUUUAUCAGCAUGUACUGUUGUCAAGGCCAGUCGUGCUCCAAUGUUGAAUCGGCAUCAGAAGAGGAUUGCUACGAUAUCAGUGAGGAAACAUGUGAUGCAUCGCUGUUAGAACAAUUCACGUAUAUCCAGCAGGAAGAAGAAGAGGAGGAAGAAGAAGACACUG